AUGUGGAAAGAGAGAGAAAGGGAAGAGAAGGAAGAAGGAUAUAGGAGAGGGAGAACAUUGGUAGGAGAGGGAGGUAUAGGUAAGAGAGGAGAGGAGAGGAAAGGAAAGAAAAGGAUAAUAUGGAAAUCAAAAGUCGGAAGGGAAAUGAAAAUAAGUUAUGCUACCUAG